GUUCAGAGGAACCUAUCGGGGAGCACUCGGGGGAAUGUUCGGACAUGGGAGAACGUUCAGACAUAGGGGAACGUUCAGACAUGGGGAACGUUCAGACAUGGAGGAACGUUCAGACAUGGGGGAACAUUCAGCCUCAAGGAAACAAGAGGACAUGGAGGAACAUAUGGUGGAGCCGGAGGGAAUAUUCAGAAUUGGGGGAACAUUCAAACUUGGAGAACGUUCAGACUCAGAGGAACGUUCAGAAUUGGGGGAACAUUCAGGCUUGGGAGAACCUUCAGAAUUGGGGGAACAUUCAGGCUUGGGGGAACCUUCAGACUCGGGGAACCUUCAGACUUGA